CUGGCCGGGCGGCUUCCUCGCGACGCUCGCGGCCGAGCGCGGCGUGAACGGCCGGGUGGUGAUGGAGCGGACGACAUCGUCUUCCCGCUGCGCGAGUUCACCGGCGAGCGGAUCGCCUUCGAGAUCAGCGAGGGCAUGGUGACGGAGAUCAGCGGCGGUGCCCGCGCCGACAACCUGCGCGGCUUCAUCGAGGGCUAUAACGACCCGCGCGCCUACGCGGUCUCGCACAUCGGCUGGGGGCUCAACCAUCACUGCAUCUGGCGGCCCGACCUGCCGGGCAUCGGCAUGGACGGCCGCGCGCACUACGGCAACGUGCUGUUCUCCCUCGGCCCCGAUACGGAGUUCGGCGGCGAGAACGACACGCCCUGCCACCUCGACCUGCCGAUGCAGGCCGUUCGCUCUGGCUCGACGACGAGCUCAUCGUGCAGGACGGCGCGGUCGUGCCUGAGGACAUGCGGGCACCGCGCCCACUGA